AUGCACAUGUACAACCCUGUGGAGGGCUCUAAGAAGGAGAUUCAAUCCUCCUACGCUUCCAGCUCAGCUGAAGGCUCCAGGAAUGACGUCAACAAUAACAAUAACGGCAACAAUAAUAAAAGCAACAUUAUUGAUACAGAACCUGGGCACGACACAAGGCGAGUAGACAGCCAUCUGCUGCAGGAAAUAAAUGACAGUGGCUCGCGCUGUCCGCCAUUAGUCCGGCUGUUACGAACGAGGACUGUCACAACGAAGAAAAAUGGCAAGAGAACCACCGUUUCGCCUCCACCACAACCACAACAAGAUCAACUGCAGGAACAGGAGCAGGAGACGGCAGAAUCCACUCUCAACCUCGAUGAUGUAAUGCCCACCCCGAUAUUUGAUGGGGGCAGGGACUUGUGCUUUUCAGGAAUGAUGUUACCGAAAUUUACCGCUGCGAGGAGCAUUCGAAAGUGCCGUACAGGACGAACUCGCUCCUCCACAGUUGUUAAGAGGGUCGCGCCAAAACGAGUUGAGCGCUGCUACAGCGGCUGUAAAAUAAAUCAUGGUAGAAGCAACAGUGCUAUUUCCAUUCCAGCAUGCAGGAAGAAUAGCAACCGCUUGCAUCGUUGCGCUGUGGAGGUGGACCGACGGUAUCAGGAAUGCACGAAUGGAUGUGACUGCAACAGCGAAGCAGGGGAAAUAUAUCAUGAGGAGCGGAAGGAGAACUCGACUUGUUUGCGGUGCCACACAACCUCAUCCCGUCCCAACACAAGAAGAAAUAGCAACAGUGAAAUUCUGAGUCAAACGCCUCCCAAUACCAGCGCGAGCGGGGUAUCCAAAGAUAACUGCUGUACGAGUGUGAACGUUCUCAAUGACACAGGAGGCAGAUCAAGGAGAUUCACGAGUGAAUUGUACAGGGAAGCCUCUACAUUUGUACUGGUACCUCCAUCUACGGCUAAUCCUCACGGAACAGUGUCCUUCAGAGAGCAGCCGAUUACAUGCGCGUGUGCAUGUGCGUGUGACGGUCGCAGAGCCAAAGGAGAGUCCGCACGAGCAUCUGCGAAUACGAAGAAUGGAUUGGUGCCCGCUGCAACCAGAGACAAUGCUGAGGAUGAGAGAGAAUGUUCGAACGAUGAGCUUGAAGCGACGGGAUUAAUCUCAAUCUCCGAACUCACACUGGGCUCCACUGGGCGCUCCAUGACAGCGAUGAUGUUUGUUGGCGCGGAUCACUUACUUCCACAAAUGGGGUGUGAGUUGUUGUUGCCAUCACCAUCCACUUCCCUUUCGCCAGAGUACAUCAAUUCUCCCCCAAGAAGCAAAAGGUCGAAAGGACUCAAACGAGCAAAUCAGAUGAAAAAAGAGUUCAAGCAGCAACGUCGGCUGGACGAGCCCCCACGUGCAGAUAUGGAAAUGAGCUCUCCCUCUGUUUCGAUACUUAGGGGAAAUGAAAAUGACUCCCCUAGCCUAUCCUCAGCCGCGCUAUACGAGUGGAAUGGGUUGGGAAACGAUCAAGGAGCACUGGAUAUGCUUAGAGAUAGUCGAGAUAGCCUUCAACGUGCAUAUUCGGAGUUACAGGGAGGUGUGCUUUGCCUUACGGACUUCUCUCGAAUGGAUAAUCAGUCACUCGACAGUCGCAUGACACGUUUAACCGGCGCGCAAGCGUUUGGCCUGAAUGUAAAAGACAAACAUCCAACAGUGUGCCGCCCGCGUGUCGUACGAAGUCCCAUGAAUUUCACGAUCGUUUCAGAUGCCUUUGACCCACUUCAGCAUGUACAGGAACUUUCUGUGCUGGAUUAUGGCCGCAACGGUGAAAAUAUUUCACCGGUAGUUGAGCGACCCGACGCAGCAUUACCAUUUCCCCAUCCACUAACUCCAGCAUCUUCAUAUAUUGGUUCUAACGUUCCACCUGGCCGCAGCCCGAGUCUCUUCACACCAAAACGCCUCGCUAGUCACCACUUUCACGCCCUGAAGGGAUUAUACUCACCAGUGGAUGCCGCGGCCUCGCGUGAACGAAUAGAAAGUCACAGCAACAGCAUUAAUCAACGGUACAGCAAUCAACCCGCUCAAUGCAGUGCGAAUAACACGAAGGAGCAGCCACUGGAGUGGACGACAAGACGGGAGAAUUCCGAGGGCGUCUUGUCGCAGAACCCCGAUAAUGCUCCUCCGUUUUUCUCAGGGUUGAUGCUGAACUUUGCCCGCCUCAACAGUGAGGCCUCUUGCGCCAGUGCGGACACCAUUCAAUCGGCCUCAUCGAAUAAUGUAUCGAAUUUGUUUCUGAAGGUGUAUCAGGGAAUGGAAUGGGGGAAAUUACAGAUGCCGGCCUUUCAAUUAGACCAACAGAAUGGCGGUUCAUGA